GGGAACUAUAGCGCGGGAACACCAGCCUUGUUGGUGAAUAUAUGGGCAUGUACAACACUUGUCAAGUAUAUUCCGGUACUUGGUCAGCACAGCAGAUACAAUGACACUGGCCGCCGAUGCUGGCUCAGGCGGGGGAUUGCUAGCGCAGACCGCCCAAACCAUUAUGCAGAUGGCCGACAUUGCUCGCGAACACGAUGCUGAUUUCGAAAAUAAAAUAUUCUACUGCCAUCUAACCGCUAUCUGCCUACGAAUACAGUCCUGUUCAGGCCAUCUCGACGAAAGAGCGACGCAAGCGUGCGGUGAGCUUAUCCAACAGACGAUCGAGCGACUGGGCUCCUUAUUUGCCAACGCCAGCCCUCUGGAAGAACAGCUGGAGAAUAUAAAUUCAUCCUGGCUACAAAUACUACAACAGGACCCAGAAGCGAAACGGGCAUUUGUAGCGCAAUGGCUGAGACCCAGCGCAGAGCGACAGACCAUCGAGGCGACGUUACAGGCUUGCGCCGACGCCUUCGAAAAGCAGCAGUCCGACCCUGCAGACAUUGCUCCAGUGAAGCCAUCUAAACCAUCUAAUGUCGGCGAACCACCACACGAAAUCCACAAGGCAGCACGAUCGACCUUUGACGCACUUCUCAAUAGCUGUAAAUGUGCCUGUCCUGGGCAACAUGACUUCAGCGCGCAACUCCAACUUGGAAGUUAUCGGCGAUCAAAUAUAGAAACGGAGGAGCGAGUUCCGGUUCAAUCCCAACAGCAACCAGCGCAAUGCGAUUUAGAGGCGGGGGACGUUGAUCUAGGCAUGUUCCUCUCCAUGGACCAAGGCUUGCAGGAAGUCCGUGUUCAGGCAGCAAAUGAUAGGACUGUCUCGUUUGCCGUCCAGGAUGACUCACCACCGAAAAAGCGACAGAGGGUACUCGAAAAGAGAGCUUCAAAACAGAUUGAGAGCCUUUGUAAGCCAAUUAUUAUGACAAAAAGGAACAUGCAGCGACGGUUGGUGCUCAAACUCACCAAGGGCACGCUGUUCGACAUGGGCUUCGAAAGAAGUACGUUCCCAAUAGAUGCCAACGUCGAACCAAUGGCUUUAUCUGAAUACUUGGAGGAAGGACGCGGAUGCUUCUCUGAACGGACUAAGCGAAUACUCUCUCUUCUUUUGGGCUACGCAGUUAUACAUCUCCAAGGCACUCCAUGGCUACAGUCGGGGUGGAGCUCUGAAAAUAUUAAAUUCUUUCAGACAACUAAAUCAAAAACCCCCUUAAGACCGUUUAUUCAGACACAGCUGCCCUCGAUGGAUCCCAGUGAUCCGUCAGAUAUCAGUCUUGCUAUUCAUAGUGAUGAUGCUGAGGCCAAUAGUCAUGACAACUGUGGUGAGCACUGUUGUCCAGCUCUCAUUUCGUUGGCAGCAGUGUUAAUGGAGGUGUACUAUGCGAAGCCAUUCAAGAGGAUCGCUCAAGAGCACGGUGUUGAUCUAUUUGGAGAUCCCGAUGGCCCCAUCUCCCAACUUGAUGUCGAGCUGCUGUUCCACGGUGAUGAGAAGAGUGGUGUGCGAGGAGUUAUUAAAGAUAUGCCCCCAAGGUCGCCACUAUCCGAGGCCAUCAAAAACUGUCUGGAUAUCUCCUUGUGGCAAGAUGAUAUCGGUCAACCUUGGGACAGUAUUGAACUCAGAACGAAUAUAUACCAGACGGUUGUAUUUUUGCUCGAGUGUGAUUUGAGCUAUGCCUUUCAAGAUGUUCCGUUGGAAAAUAUUGAUCAAUAUGCCCAAUCCUUGGAUUUUAUGAAUUGGGGACACGAUAUGACUGACAAAAGAGCUGAUCGACGCAGUAUUCGAUUAGCUUCAGCUACAAGACGCUCAGCAAGCCCAGCUAUAUCCACUUUGCCACUAGAGAAAACGGCGCAAGCCUAUGGUCAAGUUGGAUAUUUUGGACCCGGUACUAUUAUACCCGGAGUGUCAUUAUAUCCCCCAUUCCAGAAUAUCAUUCCGCAUCUGCUUCCUGAGCAAACCCCUUUGCCGAUUGCCGCCUCGGACUACCGUAUAUCUCAAUUCUUUGAUGAUGAAGUCGAUGGCCAUGAUGUGUCUGUGGCAGAAACAAAGAAAUAUCAAACAUGGAAAGCUGAAUACAUAAAAGUAUAUGAAGCGUUCAUUCCACCAACUACUACACAGCACGUUAAAAUCGCCAUUCUUGAUACAGGCAUUGAUCGAAACCAUGUCAGAUUAGACAACUGUGACGAUAGAAUCAAAGGCAAGCGCAACUUCCACGACAGUUCUAACAAAAAGAGCGUGGCGGAUUGGAACGGACACGGGACCUUCACAGCCAACCUGAUUCUUGACUACGCCCCAGAUGCUGAGCUUUAUGUUAUCAAGAUCAUAGGCAAAGAGAACACUAUCCCCGAUGGACAUAUUGUAGCAGAAGCUAUCCAAUUUGCAACAGACGAAUGGGGAGUCGAUAUUAUAUCCAUGUCGUUUGGGUGGCCGUCAUCCGAUUUUGAGGGAUUCCAAGCCGUUCAAUCAGCCAUCGAUCAUGCUUACGAUCAGAAGGUUCUCAUGUUUGCUGCUGCAUCAAAUAACGGCGGACGACUUGGUCGAGCAUAUCCGUCCAGCAGCUCGGAGGUAAUCUGCGUACACUCCACCAACACCAAUGGUUCAAGAUCCGACUUUAGUCCGACCGCUGAGCCAAACACCAUCAAUAUUGCGACUGUCGGUCAAUCUAUUGAAGCCGCGUGGCCAAUAGCUCUUUGCAGUGGUGCGAAAGUACAAGAUGACGACUACGUUGUGUCUAGGUCAGGCACCUCGUACGCAACACCAAUUAUGGCGGGUAUCUCAGCUUUCUUGCUUCAAUAUGCGCGGGCGCAUUUAUCAGAAGCUGAGGCCUUAUCCUUGAAGCGAAAAAGCACAAUGCAAGCCCUUUUGAAGAGAUGCGCUCAGCGAGGGCCAAACUAUAAACCGAGGGACGACUAUUUUUGCGUACAGCUCAGUUUGCAUAAACAUAACCUCUUUGGACAAGGAUUGGAAUGGGCAAACCAUGAAAUCAGAAAUGUACUAAAAAAGUAGUAGUGGAGGCGGAUUCGAAUGUGUAUGUAUGUAUAUAUUGAUUUAUUUAUUGCGCACUCUCCAGUGUACUUAGUCGUCAUCCUCUCUAGGAAUUGUACAAUAGAGCACAUCAGCAUCAUCAAGCAACUGCUCCGUGUCAUACCCAUGCAUCUCUAUAUCUGGCCAAUCGACAUUGGCUAUCCCUAACGCCGGUCUUCUAUGCUCUUCUAUCUCCUCAUUCCCAAGCAUGGCCCCUUUGCGAUAGUCGUCCUCGCUCUGUACAAGGUUUGUAGCUUUGGCCACAACCACUCUAAUAGCACGAUAUGCAAAGACAAAAUCACCAGAAUUUUCCCAUGCUGUACUAGCCGAUUUUCUUGUCUGUACCUCAACAGAUGGGCCUCCGCCAAGUGGUAUCAUACCGCCGCUAUAGACAGUUGCAUCGAUUUCAACACCAACUGAGCAUCCCUUGGAACGAGACUUCAGCGUAGCUGCCUGAGCUCCGGUAACAAUCUUUAGGCCGGUGAUUAUAUAGACUGGUUUUCGAUAACGAGUUGCGCCUAAGAACCGGUGAACGCUCUCUGUGUCGAUGCAGGCUUGUAAGUAUCCUGGAGUUGGUGUGAACUGGGUCGUUUUCAUUCUGUCAAACGCAAAUGUCUCUUCGUUU